GUCCUAUUGUUCUAGCAGGACAUAUAUCCAGAGGUCAGCCCAGGUUAACAGUUCCACUGAGCAAGGUCCUGAUGUUAGUGCUCUGUGUGACACUUGGUGUGAGAAGAACUCUACAACGAAAAAGAUGCAGAACGUAACAGAGAACAUCAUGGGAACUCUCCUACCUCCACAGGCUCCGUCCAACGUUGUUCAGCAAAGUAAGAACCAACGUUAUGGCAAGAAGAAGAGCACAACCUAUCUGGGACUGAUUGCUUAUGCCAUUCAGGACUCUCCAGACAAGAUGCUCAUAUUUCCUCAGUUGAUGGACAAGUUGGGAGCUUUCCUCUCAGGAGACAGAACAGGCAUCGAGAACAACAUCAGGGUCUGCUUAUCAUCCAACGAUUGUUUUGUCAAGGUUCCAGUCAGUCCAUAUAUGCCACACUCAAAAAAGAACUUCUGGAAAUUCGACGAGAGUCAAAUAACAGCGAAGAUGGCAAGACGCCACUUCAAGGGCAUACUGGACUUGUUCCCCGAGUUGUCCACCAAAGUGCGAAUGGAGGCAGAACAGAUAUCAGAGCGCUCUGCCGCGGUCAUCUCACCAAAACCAACCCUCGCCAGCCCUCAAAUGCAGAAUAAUAAUGAGGUGAACUUUAGCAGUCCUUUCUCCAUCGAAUCCAUCUUGAACAGAGACAGUCCUUCUCGUCUGAGCCCAAGACCCGCUCCAUUGUCGGUUGUGUCCAGUGCGCCAACGGAUCAACCGCCAUUGCGCGCGGAGAGAGGGGUUGGAACCACGAGGAUGAGCUGGGCCUCUCCACUUGUGGAGAUGAACCUUGUUCACCGCGCAGGUGACGGUUAUCCCAGCUACACUACAGUGGCAACCACAGUCCACGGAAUCAUUGGUGAUGAUGGUGGAAGGCGUAUCAAGAACGUGCGUAUGUGUGCUGAGCCCUCCUACCUGAAAUACUCCAGACCCAACGCUGCUCCUCGUUUUGCUGACCCACCGCCUAACUGUUAUUUGAAGUACCCUGUGCCCAGGUACGCUUGUGCUGCUCACCAUUUUGGAUUGUAA